AUGGCGCCCCAGGGCCCCUUUCGUGAGCUGUUCAUCCCCGGAGGCCGUAACAGCACCGGAGCCCCCUCGACGAGGGAGGAAGUGGACCUGCGCCAGGCCGAAUACGAAGCUAUGGUGCUCGCUUUGGUGGCACGGCCCUGGGACGACAAUACAAUCGACGUGGCCUGGAUCAACAUCAACAACGAGGCGGACCGAGUGGCUACAGAAAACCGCUUGCGACAGUACUUCAAAGUCCGUGAGCUCAAAGUUUACCACCUGAAGGACACCCCGUACCGUUUUGACGUGGGGGUCUGGCAGCGAAGACAGCUCUAUGACGUCCUUCCCAACGGCGCUGGCCAUCGCCCCAGUGCUGCGUACCCUAUUACUCACCACCUCAUCUCUGUCCCGUUCGCCGAGGCGCACAAGGUACACAUUCGUAACCUUUCGAGAUUCGUGGAUUCGGGCCUGGACAAGUACGUUCACUGGCACGUCUACGAGCAUCCAGGCUUGGCCGACGAUUGCGUGUAUCCCGUCUUUAAUUUUAAGUCGAGGCAGGACUUUGGCUAUGCGCCGUAG